AUGUUUGCACCUAAAGGGUCAAUUCUGCGAACAAAAUUUGAAAAAGAGGCACCUCAUCGGAUACAUGGCUUCCCGGAUAUCGACAAAGCAUGGAGCGCAGAAUUGCUGACCCUCGAAGGGCACUCAGGCUCGGUUCAUUCUGUGGCGUUUGGGCCUGACGGAUGUCUUGCAUCCGGGUCAGGCGACGAGGUCGUCAGGCUCUGGGACUCAUCCACGGGCUCUCUUCAAAAAAGCCUCGAAGGACACUCUGAUAGAGUUCAUUCUGUCGCUUUCUCCACAGAUGAAAGUCUUGCAACUGGAUCUGCGGAUAGCACAGUUAAAAUAUGGGAUUCAUCAUCAGGCCUCUUACGACAGACUCUCGAAGGUCAUUCAGAUUGGGUCAACUCUGUGGCAUUUUCUCCUGAUGGUCAGUUACUUGCAUCAGGUUCUGACGAUGAGUCUGUUAAGCUUUGGAACCCCUUCACGGGUGAUUUACGACAAAAUCUUCGGGGGCAUUGUGGACGCGUUCAAGCAGUGGCAUUCUCGUCUCAUGGUGUGCUUGCGUCUAGCUCUGGUGACGAGACAAUCAUACUUCGGGACUGUAAAACUGGUGUGCUGAGGCGUACUCUGAAGGGUCAUUCAGACUGGGUCAAAUCAGUGGCUUUCUCACCCGACGGUUGCCUUUUGGCGUCUGGAUCGUACGAUAAGACCGUCAAGAUACGGUACCCUUCUACCGGUCUCUUGCUACAGACUCUUGAAGGUCACUGGGGCUGGGUCUAUUCUGUAGCCUUUGGAUCUGAUGGCCGAUUUUUGGCCUCUGCUUCCAAAGAUAAGACAGUUCGAAACUGGGACCCAACUUCGGGCGCUCUGCUUCGAACACUCGAGGGCCAUUCAGGACCCGUGUUGUCUGUUGUCUUUUCCUCUUGCGAGAAAAUGCUGGCGACCGGAUCUUACGACAAGACAGUUAAGCUCUGGGAUUCCUUUACAGGUACCUCGCAGCAGCAGGAUAUUGAGGGGCAUUCUGAUUGGGUUUACUCGGUCUCGUUCUCCCCGGAUGGCCGUAAACUUGCGUCGGGCUCACGCGAUGCGACAGUUAAGCUGUGGGAUUCUUUUAGACGGGUUGUUCAACGAACUCUUCAUGGUCAUUCAAUGUCAGUUAGGGCAGUCCUGUUCUCCCCCGAUGGAAAAUUGCUGGCAUCCGGUUCCUACGACAAAACCGUCAGGAUUUGGAAUCCAAUUACCGGAGUCGAACAGCGACUUCUUGAGGGCCAUGCCAACCGCAUUCGAUCGAUCGAAUUCUCCCCUAACUCGCGCCUACUGGCGUCUAUCUCGAAUGACGAGAUGCUCAUCCUCUGGGAUUCCUCUAAUGGUGCAAGCCUGCAGCGGAUAUCAAGGGGCAAUAUCCUAAGUUCGACCCUGGAGCCCUUUCAAAAUGGCUCAUACAUGGGCACUGAUCUGAACGACGCCAAUAUACGAUCUUGGUUUCAAACCCAUGGUUCUAUCUGGCCUCGGAAAGAGGACAAAAUCUGGAUAGAGAACGAUCAAUGGGUAAUGAUCCUAGGUAAAAAGACGGUGUGGCUACCUUCAGAAUAUCGGCCAAGUUGCUCAACGGUGCAAGGCUAUACUAUUGCCCUAGGACAUGCAUCGGGCCGAGUUUCAUUCAUGGAAUAUGCCAUAUCUAAUCACUGGCGCUGA